CUGCAUUGCAAUGGUUGUCGUGGUGUGAUGAGCUGGCCUUGUUGCUGCCAGUGAAGGGCUGCGCCAUGGAUAAAGACCUAGUGCGGCAGUGUCUCAGCCAUCACGGCCCUACAUUGCUGUCCUUGUUACGGUGCGAGCAGCACGAGCAUGCGGGCUUCCAGCAGCUGCUCGGCGACCUGUCCAAAUGGCCGCAGUACAGGAAAGAAAGGAAUGUUGAUAACAUUGAAGUUCAGCAAUUUAUUGCAAGGAAAGCUGAUCUACUCUUUGCACUUUCAUGGAAGUCAAAUGUACAUGAGAACUCAGAAUCUGCAGAGUCAACAGAAGGUAGUUAUGCUGUGAUGCCCCCUUUGGAGCAGUUCAUGGAAGUUCCCAAUGUAGAGAAGAAGGAACUGUUCUUUCGGGAUGUAGAGCGUGGUGAUGUUGUAAUAGGAAAGAUAACCUCCAUUCGUGACUUUGGUUUUUUUAUGGCGCUAAUGGCAAUGGGCAGUGGCAUUUUAAGAGAUCUAGCAGCACUGGAAAUAAGUGCAUUAUGUCCUAUAAGAGAUGUGCCUUCUCAAAGCAGCCAUGGUGAUCCUUUAUCAUAUUAUCAGACUGGAGAUUUAAUCCAAGCUGCAGUAAAGGAUAUUGACCGAUAUCAUGAAAAGCUGACAUUAUCUCUGCAGAAAUCUUCUCUACCUACACACAUGUCUUCAGUUAAACUGGGCGUAAUAAACCCAGAAGAAAUGCCUGAAUAUUACAAGCAAAGUGCUGCAAUGUCCUCCAGCAGUGUGAACACUUACGAAAAGGUUUUGCAACAUUCCUUAGCAUUUUCAAACCCAUCUACUGUAGAGUUUCUCCUUGACAAACUAGGACUUAGUGAAUCCAAUCCACCAUCCUUAAUAAGAGGCCUUCAAAGGGAAAAUUUUUCUGAUCAAGAUUAUGCUCCCUGUUUGAGGAAGAAACAGUCUUCUUCUUGGGCAUUAAAGUGUGUGAAGAUAGGAGUUGAUUACUUCAAAGUGGGGCGUCACGUAGAUGCAAUGAGCGAGUACAAUAAAGCUCUGGAAAUUGAUGCACAAAAUGUUGAAGCAUUGGUAGCACGAGGUGCACUUUAUGCUACAAAGGGAAGCCUUAACAAAGCAAUACAUGAUUUUGAGAUUGCUCUUGAAAACUGUCCUACUCAUCGAAAUGCAAGAAAAUAUCUCUGCCAAACUCUUGUGGAGAGAGGUGGCCAGUUGGAAGAAGAAGAUAAACUACCGAAUGCUGAAAGUUAUUACACGAAAGCAUUGAGUAUAGACAAGACCUUCACAGAAGCCGAAGAGGCAUUAAAUAAAGUGCGCCAAUGCAUGCAGAAAUCUUUGGAAAAAAGAGAGACACAUGAUGAAAAAGAAGAGAAACCCAAAGAAAAGAAAAUAGAAACAAGCGCAGAAAAAUUGCGUAAACUUCUAAAAGAAGAUAAAAGGAAGAGGAAACACAGACAGCGAUCUUCAUCAAGUAGUUCUUCCUCAGACACCUCUUGCUCUUCAGAUUCAUCCUCUUACAGUCAUAACAAGCAUAAAAAAAAGAAGAGGCGUAAAAGAAAUUCAGAAUCCUCAAGUCAAUCUAAAAAAUAUUCUUCUAAUGCUCCUUUACAUAAGGAUGAAGAAUCUUACAGUCCUCCGGCAGACACAUCCGCUUCCUUUCUAAACCGCAAGUGUGAUAUGAAAAAAGCUCUAGAAGAAAGUGAAAAGGCUGCCUCUUGUAGGAGGUUUUCAAAUGACAAAGCAAGAUACAGAUCUUUGUCCUCUUCAUCUGUGGAGAUCUUGGAAUCUUAUGGAGGCAGGUCUGAAGAUUCCCGGGAUUCAUACAGCAGUGCAAAAACUCAAGCUAGUAGCAGCAGGACAAAUAGCGAGGCUAAAAGUAGUAAACACAAAUCUAGUCGAAGAGAUUCUACGGACUACAGCUACAAGAAAACAGAUGACAGACCUGACUACCCUAAACAAUAUCAAGGUCAUAAAUAUUACAAUAGAAGGUUAGAAUCCGAUUCUGCUGAAAAGCAGUCUACUUCAAAGAGUUCUCGAUCACAACAAUCAGAUACACCAUGUAAAGAAAAUGCAAGGAGACUGGAAACCGAUAAAGCGCAAAAUGGAAAUACAUCUGCUGCCAAGGUUUUGCCUGGAAAUUUAUUAAAUAUUCUUAGCCAGAUUGCAGAGUUUGAGAAGGAAAAGGGCAGCAAGCAAAAUUAGUACAACAUGGUUUUAUGCAUUUCCUGCUAUCUGUCGCUCUAACACCAAUGACCUUUGUGCAUUAUCAUUUUUUUUAAAAAUUGCCAAUCAUUAAAUACCAAUUUUAAUCCCCUGAUUCAGGAUCAAUUUUGGUAUGCAAACCUCUAUUUGAAAAACUAGCCGUUUUUUGUUUUUUUACUUUUUUCCUUUUUUUUUUUUUUAAAGUGGGUGUAAAAAAACAUUACCUAUUUUUAUAAAGGAUGAAAGAAAAAUGCCUUAUCUAAUGCAGUGGUCCCUGAACCUGUUUGCAAGGUUUUGCACACAGGUCGGCUUUUGAAGGAUAUCUUUUUAUGAGCAAGGUGAGUCAAUCUUCCUGAACGAAGGGCUAAUUAACCGGGUAUUCUCACUGGGUCUGAGGUGGUGAUAUUUAUCGAUAGGUGCACAUUUGAAAAGUAAACCUUUCUGCUAUUACAUCGCUAGCUGCUCCUAAAGCCUUUUGUACAAAGUUCUGUGUUUGGAGGACCAAACGGUUGGAAAAAACUCACUGCAUUCUCAAUUCCAUUGUUGCCGUAUUUAUUUUAAUAUUGAUUUAAAUUAACAUUGUAAGCCAUGUCCAUGAAAUGUGAAGUCCAAUUUGUGAUAAAAGGCCUUGUAUUCUUAAUAAAGUUUCACCUUGCUAAGUA